UCACCAUUAAUGCAACAAUCAAACCCCAAACCGCCUGGAGUGGUAGGGCCGCUGCCAGGGGCGGAGGAGUGUCCCCACGGGACGCCGGGAACGCGGAGGGGCGUUCUGUCCGCUGAGGGUCGGAUGUCUGACUCCGGUCCGCCCGGGGAGGAGCGGCUGCAGUCCGCCUGAGAGGGUGGAGUAGUGAUCGAGGACCAUGCGACGGCGCAUCAGAGAACCGGAUUAAGGGACCUAAAACAUUUAUCAGAGAGGAUGAAGAAACAUGAGUCUACAAGAGCACAUAUGGACAAUAGCGUCAAGCUAGCAAUCCUUGGCAGAGUCAACAUAACUACGCAACUGGACGAAGGCCACAGAAUCGGGGUAAUCCAUGCUUCACCUCUGAGGAACCAGGUGGGACUGUUGUUGUGAUGGAGGACAGUACCCCGACUGCUACGUUGGUUACAACGGUGGUGUGAGUAGUCAUGACAACGCUGGAUGAUAAGAUACUAGGGGAGAAGCUGCAGUAUUACUACAGCAGCAGUGAGGAUGAGGAGAGUGACCAUGAGGAAGAGGAGAACGCUUCCAAAACCAUCCGCGAUCAGGAAGUGCUGGAUGUGGAAAUCGACUACAGCGGAGACGGCAGUUCGGUCAACACUGGGCCCAAGGGUGUGAUUAAUGAUUGGCGUAAAUACAAGCAGUUGGAGAAUGAGCAGCGUGUGGAGCAGCAGAAAGAGAUGGAGCGACUCAUCAAAAAACUCAGCAUGACCUGCAAAUCACACCUGGAUGAAGAGGCCGACAAACAGAAAGAGAAAGACCUGCAAGAUAAGAUCGCAGGCAAAAUGCCCCUUCGUGUGGAUGAGGAAGAUGAAGAUGAUGAUGAGGCCUUCCUCCAGCAGUACCGUCUGCAGCGCAUGGAGGAGAUGAGGCGACAUCUGUGUGGGGGGCGGCGCUUUGAGAAGGUGAUUGACAUUUCCUCGGGAGAGGAGUUUCUGCAUGCCAUCGACGAGGAGGGCAAGAACACUCUAGUGCUGGUCCACAUCUACGAGCCAGAGGUGCCCGCCUGCCAGGCCAUGGAGGGCAGCCUGCUCUGCCUGGCACUACAGUAUCCAAUGGUGAAGUUCUGUCGGGUCAGGGGCUCUGCGGUGGGCACCAGCGCUCUGUUCCGCAGCUCAGCUCUGCCAGCCCUGCUGCUGUACCGUGGAGGGGAGCUGGUGGGCAAUCUGGUGCGCGUGUCCGAUCAGCUUGGCGAAGAUUUCUACGCCACAGACGUCGAAGCGCUGCUGCAGGAAUACGGCCUGCUUCCAGAGAAAUACACACAGCCAAACACACACUCGUCUAUUCGAAACGCGGCUGUCACUCACCCCAGUGACUCAGACAGCGACCUGGAUAUAGAUUAAAUGCAAUGAUACAACUGUUCAUACACACACACACAUACAUAUAGAGGAAUAUACAUUCUUGUGUACAUUCACAUCAUGAUUCAGACCCAAUACAGUGACCAAAAACAUGGUGGUUGCAAAUGCACAUUUACUGAUGUAAAUAUUGGAUCUUUAAACAAACAUUACAGCUCUCUGAUCAUGACUACUGGACCAAAAGAACAGACCAGAUGUGUGUGUGUGUGUGUGUGUGUGUGUGUAAUUUCAGAAAACUCUAGAAUCAGGAGUGUUUCUUUAUGCAAACAAAAAUGCAAAACCCUUCCGAGAACCCUGCAUUAUUGUUUCACUAUUUAUUCUAGAUUUAGAUUUAUGUAUUUGUUUACUUGUGUGUUGUCAUUUGGACCUCUUAGUUUGCUUUACCCUCUGUUAGUUUUAUACAUUUUAUAAGCAUAUCCAUAAUGAUGAAUGCAAAAAUAAAAAAAAGUUAAUUAUGAUU